GAAUCGAUAUGGACAUUCAAGCACAUUUACUCUCCUGGGCUAUUUUGUCUUUCCUCUCAGGUGAGACCAGCGCAAACCUGCAAUGCUGCAAGGCAGGAGGAACUGUUUAUCUGCACAUACAGAAGACGAGCCAAAAACUCAGGGAUAUAAGAUGGAAACAUGAAAACAACAUCAAAUUUGAAAAUAAAUCUACAUCCUCAGCUGAAAUUUUUCAAAACCGGACACUUAAAAUUAGCAACAUCCAGAAGAACUGGACUGGUGACAUUACUGCAUUUGGAUAUGAUUCAGAUGGGAAACAUGUGCUGACAGAGACACAUCACUUGGUGGUGCUGGGUCACCCUGUGGUUGAAUUCCUCACUUGUACUCAUGGCACGUCUGUGUUGCACUGUGCUGAUGACAAUGGGGAAGAUACUCUGUACACAUGGACUGUCAGAGACGAUGUCCUGGGCGAGGAGAAGGUAUUCAGUAACAGCUGUAAACACAUUUCUGUGGAGGUGAUUUCAGGAAGCGUCCACUGCACAGUGCAAAAGAAGACCUGCAGUGCACAGAGCGAAUCGCUCUCCUUUUACUGCACCAGGAAAAGCUGGUGUUUCGAUGCUCUGAUCGGCGUCUCUGUCUUGCUGCUGUGCCUGAUUGUGGCUGGGAUUUCAUUCUUCAUUCUAAGGCGGCACAAAAAACACUUCUUUAAUGCCAGUUCAGGAGAUUCCAGUGUCUCACCAAGACCAGUUAAUGAAGACGUUGUUUACAGUGAAGUCAAAGUGGUAAAGCAGUGUAGAUAAUUUAUACUUCGAUAAUAUUGUUAUAAUACAGUCUUGUACAUGUACUUCUUGAUAUGUAGGUUAUUGGCUAGAAUAGUAUUUGUGGUGUAUCGUUUAACAUUGCCCUAAUCUUUACUUUUUUCCCCCUAAUUUUUAGUACCAUUUUUGAUAUUAUUUCUGUGUGUUCUUCUCUCUCUCUCUUACUUAAAAAUACCAAAAACGGAUAAUGGUUAAUGGGUGAUUUACUAUCAAUACAGUACAAUAUUGAUGUUUUUACUCAAAGACCUACAUGUGACUUAUAUAAUAAUGUUAAUGCAGAAAUGACUGAACGAGGAGAAAGUAGUUUAAAAAUGUUUACUGAGCAUCUUAAAGAGGACCUGAUCCAUGCACUGAAAAUGCAAAAUAAGGUGUAAUGCAUGACAGGGCAUGCAUGUUAUGUUUUUAUAUAGAGUUAGAGGUGAACAAUUGGUUGCCUCUGGAGAGAGCAUUUAAAAACGCAUAAUGCAUGGUUUGGAAUGCAUUAAACCACUUAAACUACAGUUACCGGACUUACUACCCCUUUGGCUUACUCGUUUGUACUUGAAGACAUUAUUUUCAUGUUCAGGAACUGAAAACAUAUUUAUUAGUUUAACUACUAUUUACUGUAGGCUUUGGUGGUACAGUAUUUGCGUGGUGAAGCUGUACAUUGGGAUCCUUCCCCGCAGCCGCUCCACAAAUUUUAUCGCCACAAUUUCAAAAUUCUGGAAUAAUGUUGCUUUUUAAAAUGUUUUUUUUUUUUUAAAUAAAAAAAUUAUUUGCUAAGACGUUUUUACUCUGUCAUAGGAAACAAAACUUAGCAACCUUUGCAAUUUUGAUGAUUAUUCCUUCUCAAUGUAAUGUUGUACAUGUUAAAAAGAAUCAGUUUAAAGUUUACUACCCCUGCUUUUGAAUGAACUCUGCAUGUGCUCUCCGCACCGACCAUAAUUUUCAUCCUUGCUGUUUAAAUCACUCAUAGAUGUGUUUUUGAUUAUUUUUUUAUUUUGAAGUCCUUUUUUGCUUUA